UGGUCACCGUCGCCCGUCGUUUACUUUUACAUCGACACUGACGCACCCGCACCGGCGCCAGCGACUACUGCCACUGGCUCCACCACAUAUUCUCCACUUAUUUACUUCCUUUCCUUUGUUCUUCAUCCUAUCUUUUACUCCUCUUCCUCUUCCUCUUCUUCCUAGCACUACUUUAUCGGAUCUUUCGAGUUUUCCCCUUCUUUAAAACCUCCGAUUUUUGCCGAUUCUUCGUGGAAUGGAAUGACGGCUGAAUCUGUGCUUGACCAUCUCUAUUUGAUGCUAAACCCUACUUGGAUGCACUAUUUCCCUUCCUAAUUUGUGAUCCCGAUUUUGACCAGGUGGAUGCGGACUUCGAUUCCUGUGAUUCUCCAUCAUCAUUAGGUCGGUCACUGCGAAGGAACUGCUGUCUAUUUCAAUUUUUUUGCCCACUUGAGGCGCCGCUGCCUUUCCAAUCCCAAAUCUUAACCCUGCUGCUGUGCAACGAUUUCCCCCAUUACCGGAAUCGAUAUACUCUCACAUGGACAUAUACUCUGACAGUAAUCUUGGGGAGUCUUCUCGAUACAUAUGUGACAGCUUAGCUGCUCAUAGCUCUCCUGUGCUCUCAGCCACAUGCUCUUUAUGUCAUAGAAUCCAUUCAUCAGAUGAUGGGAAUGGUGAUCUUGAAGCUAUCAACAUAUGUGGUGAUUGCAAAUUUUUGUUGAUGGAGGACAUUGAGACCACAUCGCCGGAUAUGCAUCAGAUAAGCGUACCUGCACCCAGGAGGAGGUACAGCAGCUCUGAAUCCAUUGAGAGUAUGUUAUCUCAACAAUUUUCGCAAGCCAUCACCCUUGCUAGGCAGAACCAGGCCAUCGGUUCUGAGCACAACUAUCAAUCUGUAGGAGAAGUUGCUGCAGAUUUGGCGCAGCAAUCUAGUUCUCAUACUACUCCCCUUGGGUCUAGAAGGUUUAGGAGAGUGUUUUCAGAUUAUGACAGCGAUGGCUUUGAUUCUCUCUACGGGGAGAGUGAAUCACUUGUCAGCUUCAGGAGAUCUAGAAUUCUUUGUGGUGAGGCUGAUUCCAUUUCUUACAGCGUCUAUGAAGGGGGCUCUGAGGCCUCGGGUGAUGGUCAGAGUAUGUUUGAAGAUGAAAAUUUUGGCCUUCCAAAUGGAGGAGGGAGUGACCUAGAAACUGAUACUGAUAUUGAUCCAAUGAAUGUGGGUCUCUAUCACUGGAACACCGAAGAUGAGGAAGAGGAGGAUGAAGAUGUCGAUGAAGACAACAGUGAACAGGAGGGAACUGAGGUUGAGAUGAAUGUUGGUUUGUCAAGACUGAACUCCAGAGAUGUUCCCAUCCCUGCGCGCAGGCAAUCUCUGUCCCCUGAAGUUGAGGGUGCAUUCUCACUAGGAGUGGUCCAUGGGAGGAUACAAAGACACGCUGAUGCAUUGUCAGCCGGUAUUGAGGAGUUAGUAGCCAGGAAUCAUACCGGUGAUUCUGUAGAUUACCUUGAAGGCUUUGAAAAUCUUCUUGAACAACUUUCCGAAGCUGAAAAUGGUUGGAGAGGGGGCCCUCCUGCAUCCGAGUCAUUUGUGAACGGCAUGCCCUGCUUGACUGUUAAUGAAGACAAGCUGGAUGGUAUGAUAUGUGCAAUCUGCAAAGAUCCGUUCAGCGUUGGCACUGUUGUGAAGCAGCUCCCCUGUUCUCAUCUCUAUCAUCCCUCUUGCAUCUAUCCAUGGUUGAAGGCAAGAAACACAUGCCCACUUUGCCGUUAUGAGCUUCCAACUGACCCUAGUUAUGAAGGAAGGAGUAGGGACUGGGGGGGCAAUGAAUACAGGAGGCUUGGUGCCGGUCAAGGCCAACACGAUGUGAGACAGAGUGGUUCAUUGGAGGGUGAGGGUGUGGGUGAACCUUUUCAACUCGGUCCUGCAGAUUCUGACAGCGAGGGUGCUGCUGCUGCAGCUGCUGCAAGGGACAUUCCAAGAAGUGGAUGGUUAUUUGCUGCAGCAGCAGCUCCAUUUGUGGGUAUAUUGGGAAUGUCUCUUAUGAUGUGGUUUUGCGCCAAGAAAAGAUGCCAGAGGAGCCACAUUCCCUGCCGCCGGGACUACGGUCAGAGGUGGUGGCGGCUGUAUUUCUGACUCUCUACCAAUGAAUGAUCCGAUCCACUAAUAAUAUCCACGGCUGGAGCAGUGUCUGAUAAUUGGGUGUGCUUGGGUUUCUUUCUCCUACGCUGCCUGCCUGUGCUUCUGUGCCAUGCAGUUGUGGGACUUCGUUUCUUUCAUUUUUAGAGCAAAGAAGACUGAGAAUCUUAUUCAA